AUGUCAACCACCGAAGGCGUGAGUGCAGCUGCUCUAGAAGCUGCGAUUAUAGAGAAAUUGAAGGCAACGCAUGUAGAGCUGAAGGACACAUCAGGUGGAUGCGGACAAAUGUUUGAAGCGGUGAUUGUAUCGCAAGAGUUUGCGAAGAAGACAUCGCUCAUGAGGCAUAGACUGGUCAACAGCGCGCUGAAAGACGAGAUUUCGAGGGUGCAUGCGUGGACGCAAAAGUGCUUUACAGAAGAGGAGUGGGAAAGGAAGAAGGCGAGUGAAGCAUCUGGCGCUUGA